GGGGCGGGGGCAAGAGCCUCACACGCCCCGCCCCGCCCGCUGUUCCGGCUCAGAACGAAAACAGAGAACAAGCAUGAGCGGCCCCACGUCAUCACUGGCGUGGGCGGGAGCAACCAAUCAACGGGCUGCCCCUCCCUGCGGGCCCAACGGCCCCAGAGCCACGGAAGAAAGGGGAGGCGGCUGCCCCUCCUUGAGUAGAGCUCGCGCCUGUCCCGGGGUUGUUCCUCGUCGGCUUCCGUCCACUGUAACCCCCGCGCGCUUCUCUCUCCAUCUGCAGCGGCAGCAGGGUUCUCCAUGAGAGCGAGCGGCGGGUCGUGCCCACCCGGAGCGCCCGCGCUAGAGAGCCCCGCCCACGCCACCUAAACAACAGUCGCGUGCCCCCCCCCCUUGGAUCCCCGCUUCCCGCGCACGCAGAACGUGCUGGGACCAUGUCCUGGUCCCGCCCACCACGCUCCCCCCGCUAGCGCGCGCUCACUCGUGUCCCGCGGCGGCUCCUUCCCGUGGGGAGCCCCGCCUUCGCCCUGCGGCUGCCUCGCCCCUGCCGCCCGGCGCGGGCCGCGACUCUCGUGUGGCCGGUGUCAGCGCGCGCGGACGGGUCUCUUGGUCUACAUGUUGCUGAAUGGACAGUUCCCAAGAGCAGGGAGUCUGCCCUGAGAGCUAACAAUCCAUGAACCGUGCAAAUAUAGUGCUACUGAGCAACAGAUAUACAACACCGUGCAUAUAGACUUCUGCUUCUGACACCGUCACAGAACCCUGAAUACCUACCUUGUGUCAUGGCUGUAUAGAAGACAUCCAGCUGAUAUUAUUAAUGGACUCCAAUGAACAUCCUUUUGGAGUCCGCUGACUUUUAUAUCAGGGAUGCAUGCUCUCAUGGACAACAUGAAAGAGUAGUGCUGAAGGUUUUACAUUGACAACAAAAAUGUUGUUACUACUGCAGGCUGGUGAUCUAACAUGGAAAAUAGUUAAUUUAGUUUUUGGCUCUAUUUAACUUCCAGAUAACAGCCUUUUUUAAUUCAGUGGCCCUAUAGAAACCACUUGAUUUUAGAUUUUUAAUGACAGCGUUGUCUUAAGAUGACAAAUUAGAAUGAGUAAAAGCAAACUGGUUUCCUUCUGGAAAAUUUUUCUCUGUUGACCAUGUUUAACCAUUCUGUUUUAUUCAGCUAUUUUUUUAAACAUCUCCCAAAGAGUUAAUGCACCUUAUAUAGGACACCUGACCUUUUGCAGCUUCGUAAUUCAUAUCUAGAUGUCACCGGUGUUUCCCAUGUUAACAGUUCUCAGCAUGUUUUACUAUAUCUGCCUUCGGCGCCGAGCCAGGACAGCUACAAGGGGAGAAAUGAUGAACAGCCGGAGAGCUAUUGAAUCAAACAGCCGAGCCUUACCUAUCAAUGUUGAAGUAGUCCAGUAUGCCAAAGAAGUGUUGGAUUUCAGUUCUCAUUACGGUAGUGAAAACAGCAUGUCCUACACCAUGUGGAAUUUGGCAGGUAUUCCGAAUGUGUACCCCAGUUCUGGUGACUUCACUCAGACUGCUGUGUUUCGAACUUAUGGAACUUGGUGGGAUCAGUGUCCUAGUGCUCAGUUGCCAUUCAAGAGGACUCCACCUAACUUCUAUAGCCAGGACUACGUAGAGCUUGCUUUUGAGGAGCCAGUUUAUCCCACAGCAGUGCAUGUUCUGGAAACAUAUCACCCUGGGGCUGUAAUUAGGAUUUUGGCUUGUUCUGCAAAUCCCUAUUCCCAAAAUACACCAGCUGAAGUAAGGUGGGAAAUCCUUUGGUCAGAAGCACCUACCAAGGUGAAUUCUCCUCAGGCUCGCCAGUUCACACCUUGUAUUAAACAAAUUGACUUUCCCACAAAUCUAAUUCGAUUGGAAGUAAAUAGUUCCCUUCAGGACUAUUACGCUGAAUUAGAUGCAGUAGUACUACAUGGUGUGAAAGAGAGACCUGUACUUUCACUUAAGACAUCGAUGAUAGAUAUGAAUGAUUUGGAUGAAGAUGAUGAUGAAGAAAAGAAUGGCUGUGAAAUGGAUAGUCUUAAUAAACAGUUCAGUGUUACAGCCCUCAGGGAAUGGACAACUAAUGGGUAUUUUGAUAAACUGCCUUAUGAGCUCAUUCAGUUGAUUUUGAGUCACCUUACAAUACCAGACCUGUGUAGACUAGCACAGACUUGUAAGCUACUAUAUCAGCAUUGCUGUGAUCCUCUACAGUACAUUCACCUCAGUUUACAACCCUACUGGGCAAGGAUAAAUGACACAUCUCUGGAAUACCUAAUGUCUCGCUGCACUCUCGUCCAGUGGCUGAAUUUAUCUUGGACAGGAAACAGGGGAGCCAUAUCUGUUUCUGGAUUUAGCAGGUUCCUGAAAGUUUGUGGCUCUGAACUAGUUCGCCUUGAGUUGGCUUGCGGCCAUUUCCUCAAUGAGACUUGCUUGGAGGUCAUUGCUGAGAUGUGUCCAAACCUUCAGGAAUUAAAUCUCUCCUCCUGUGAUAAGCUACCACCUCAGGCUUUCAACCACAUUGCCAAAGUGUGCAGUCUUAAGCGUCUCAUCCUUUAUCGAACAAAAGUAGAGCAAACAGCACUGCUCAGCAUUCUGAACUUCUGUUCAGAGCUUCAGCACCUCAGCCUUGGUAGCUGUGUCAUGAUUGAAGACUAUGACCUGAUAGCGAGUAUGAUGGGAGCAAAGUGCAAAAAACUGCGUACUCUGGAUUUGUGGAGAUGUAAAAACAUUACUGAAAAUGGAAUAGCAGAACUGGCUUCAGGAUGUCAGCUCUUGGAGGAGCUUGAUCUUGGCUGGUGCCCUACGCUACAAAGCAGUACUGGCUGCUUCACGAGCCUUGCGCGUAAGCUCCCAAACUUGCAAAAGCUCUUUCUUACAGCCAACAGGUCUGUGUGUGACACAGACAUUGAAGAACUUGCCGCUAACUGUACUCAUCUUCGGCAGUUGGACAUACUGGGGACAAGGAUGGUAAGCCCUGCAUCUUUAAGAAAAUUGCUGGAGUCUUGUAAAGAUCUUUCUUUACUUGAUGUGUCCUUCUGUUCACAAAUUGAUAAUAGAGUUGUCCUAGAACUGAAUGCCAGCUUUCCUAAUGUGUUCAUAAAAAAGAGUUUCACUCAGUGACUCACUACGUAUGCUGCUAUGGAAUUCAUUUGACAGUGUUGUUUCCUGUGAAUUUGUGAUUACAUUUUUCUUCAAAAAAGAAAUUAAAAUCUUCCAUAAAAUAGAGGAGAAAUGUUAACAAUAUUCAUGAAAUGAGUACAUAUUAUGUAUUUGGUGCGGAGCUCUUAUUCUCCUGUACCUAGUAAUUGUUUUCCCUUUGUUAAUUGAUGGCACUGCAUGUGUUUAAAUAGCCACAUAUGUGGCCUAAAUUAGAGAAGAUGAAGAAAACAUAUUCUUGAUGCCCUUUUAAAGAAAAUGUUAUACAAUAAGAUACAUUAAAAUCCAGGUGAAAGUGAAGUUUUAACAUUUAGCAAUAGAGAAAUGAUGGGAGUUUUUCUGUCUUGUAUGUUGUAGUGUUUUAGUUUUGGCCUGUGGCAUAAGACCUUGUGAUGUGGCCUGUAAUGUGCUGUUUGAAAAAUUGUUUAAGCUAGUGUAAGAUCAGACUAGACUGAAAAGCCACUUUUUUUCUUUCCUUUUGUUGACAGUGAUUGGUAUCUAUUUUAAAACUCUGAUGUAUCUGCUAAGAGGUUUUUUUCCCCCUUCAAAUGGAUGAAAUGCGGCAAUGUUUUACAGUCCAGCUUAACUGACACAACAGAUAAAUACAAAAACCCACCAUAUGAGUUUAUAGCAGAAACUAAAAAGAGAAAAUUACCUGCUUCCUCCUGUACUGGAUAUAAAAUUUGUGUCAGAUACUUAUUGUCAUAACUGAUAACACAUAGAAAACCCAAAAGCAAUUUUCUUUUCAAAUUUCUGUUAUGUCAAGGUGUGUUGACUUGUGGUACAUCUGCCUUUCUUAUGAAGUACAAUAAUAGUGUUACUCAGGAUAAUGUAUUAGAAACUCUUACUUAGCUGGAUACAUACCUACUAUCAAGUUUAAAAACAAAUAUUUGGUGUUCAGUAAAAUCAUGAUGAAAAUGUUGAGUUUGUAAACCAAAGGCAAUGUGAUUUGGCUACGUACUCAUUUAUUCAGAAAUGGGUUGUUGUUUUUUCACCAAAAGCAACAAUAUCUUUGAUGAUCUAAACUCUCUUAGCUGCUGUUAAGUCUUUGGAGGAGAGAGAUGAUGAUGAUAGUGGAUGAAUGGUUUUCUUCUACUUUUUGCACUUCUCUGAAUGAGACUUUCUUUCCUCCGUGAUGGCACCAAUGCUAUUGUGAAUUGGUAUUUCCAUGUACUCAUAUUUGCAUAACUUCUGUCUCUUUAGACAGUACUAGUGAACACAGACCCCCCCAGACAUGAUCUCUCAUCUGGGAUCAGCUCCAUUAUUGCCACCUUUAUAGCAGAUGCUGUACAAUGUUUCUUCCUGUCCAUUGGGAAAAUAGGCAUAACAUUUUGCGUGGAAGAAGGCCAUCACUAUACUGAAGAUCAUCAGCAAAGAAAAUUUAAACUGAUACGGCAAAUACCUGUCCACUGGAAGAGAAGUGCCUCAAAGCAUCAAUGAACCAGUGAUCUCCAUGGACCUAAAUUAGCAUUUCUGAACUCUUCACACCAAUGCCAAUGUUUUAUAAAUCAUUUCGUGAAACAACUAAAGACCAUUUUUCUGCUUUUAUAAACCUCUAUUCUGAUUUAAAUUGUACAGAAUCUUGUAGAAAAUCCCAAAUCCAAAGAAAAGUGCACAGAUGUCUGUCAUUCACACACAGAUGUCACCAUGUGAUUUUCAGCUAGGUGCCUCCAUUCUAUUUGUCUAUCAGGGUACUGGCGCUACUUAGACAUGUUUCAGUCUAGACAUCUCUUCAACUGACAGAUGUCUGCCCUAGAGUCGGUCUGUGCAAGAUCUCAUUUUAUUUUGGGAGUGCUCACUUCUUUCAACAAAGUUUUUACUUUAAACUUAUUUUAAUAUAAUGUAUUUACAAUGUAUUGAAUAAUGUCCAAUGUAUAAUGUAAACUUAUUUUAAUGUAUUGUAUUUACAGUGUAUUCAUUGUAAAUAAGAAUUAAACAUUUAUGUCCCAGUUACAGGAGAACUCAA